CCCGAAUAAAAAAGUCUCCUCUUUUAGGAUAAAAGUAAAAAUCUAAAUGCUAAGAACCGUCCCAAUCAAGGCUUGUGUUCCCAGCACGAUCCCAUCCCUAUCCCCGCGUUGCCUUUUUCCCUGUCCCCUCCCCAAAUCUUCUACUUUUGAGUCCCAAAUCCUAGUUUCCCUUUCAAAAUAGGAUUUGUUUUUAGGGAUUUUGAGGCCUUAAUUUCGAUUUGGAUUGGUUGUUUGAUCCGGGAGUGUUCAAUUUUUUUUGGGGGCGUUUUAGAAGAUGAGCGGGGGUCAAAGCAACGGCGGGGGAUGGCUUAUAGAUUAUGGGCUCGUUGAUGAGAUCCAAGGCUCGGAUUUUAUCUGGGGUUCUCAGAUAAACGAUGAUCCCAUGGUCUCAAGUGUGAUGUUUGGGUUCGACGUUUCGCACAAGCAGGAAGGUUGUGCAGAUAAUUCUUGUCCUAAGAAAAGAACUCGCCCUGAGUCAUGUGCUGCACCAGGGACUAAGGCUUGCCGUGAAAAACUGCGAAGGGAUAGACUUAAUGAUAGGUUUACAGAGUUGUGCUCUAUUUUGGAUCCUGGGAAGCCUCCAAAGGCUGACAAAGUUGCCAUUCUAAGUGAUGCAACUCGUCUUUUGAACCAGCUACACCUUGAAGCUCAGAAACUGAAGAAAUCGAAUGAAGCACUUCAAGAUAGCAUAAAAAAUCUCAAGGCGGAGAAAUCAGAACUAAGGGACGAGAAGAUGAGGCUCAAGGCCGAAAAGGAUCGAUUGGAGCAAAUGCUGAAGGGAGUUAGCGCCGCUCCCCAAUUCAUCCCUUAUCCUACUGCUCCUGUCGUCGCAUACAACAAGGCCGUCCCGUAUCCAAACUACCCACCGGCAGGCGUAUGGCAAUGGGUACCUCCGGCCGUUCUGGAUACUUCGAAAGAUUCAGUGCUCUGGCCUCCUGUUGCAUAGUCUUCUUCUAUUUCUCUCUUACUUUGCCAUUACAAGGACCAAAAUAGUCCUUGGUGGUUGUUAGUGACCCAUUUAUGUUUCACUAAGCUGUUUUCUACUGUAUUAUUAACCAUGGAGCUGUAUCGAAGGCCCGACAAAGCUCCCAGGUCUCAUGGAAAAAUUUAGCAGUCGUAUUGGUACAUAUAUCGUGUAAUCGCAAUGUAAGCUGUAUUUGGUGGCAUGUCGUGUGCUGCUUAAUUCGCCAGAGUGAUUAAUCUCACUAAUGUCUGAAUGAUUAAAAUAGUAGCCCUGUGUUACACAUUUCA